UCCACCAGAGAAAGUACUUAUGUGUGAGGAAAGCGAAGAGACAGCAGCUGCACAGGGGACUCGUGCAGCUGAUCUGCCCUUUUUCAUGCCAAUCAAUCAUGAAUCGGCAGAUACAGUAGAUCAGCACCCCCGCACGCCUCACACAGCCUCUGAACCCCCACAAUUAUUAACCUACAGUGUUUCCUUUGAAUCUUUGAAUCCUAAAGUCGACACCGGCCUGCAGCAUGAAAUUGCUGACUUUUCACCUCAAGCUGGAGAUUCAUUAAAUGUAAUUCAGUCAGAGGAAAUGAAUGAGCUGAAGAUGGAAAUGACGCAGGAGGAGCACCCUGCACUUGACAGCGUUAUUCCCCCAGAAACUCUCAAUAUUUCAGCCACAGAGACACCGUGCCAAAGCGUCAAGGUCCAUGCUGACACCAGCGUCUGUGACUCACACGUGAUUCCUAAUGACUUCAGCUGUCUGAACCACAAAGCCUCGGGUUUGGACUACCAGGAGGACCACACCACGAUCACUGUGGACCCAGGUCAGAUCGACGUUUAUGCCUCAACUCCGUCAUACGAGAUUCACUUCCCUGGUCACGAGCUCUCAGCGACCGCUGAGGAGGGAGAGAGGGAAGGAGGGAUGAGGGAAAUGGUGUCCGAGCUGCUGGGAGAGGACGCAGAUUCCUCCAUCUGCCGCCUCUAUCCCCAUCCCUGGAUCAAGCUGGGUCUAGAGGAGAGCUGCGGAGGGUGGGCCCAGGGGGCGGCUGAGGCCGAGCCCAGCCAGGGUGAGAGCAAGGCGGGCACCAACGCGGAGCAGAUCCCAGCCUUGGUCUCAGAGCUCCAGCCCUCUAUGGCUCUGCUGGGAGCUUACCCCUUCAGCACUGUGAUGCCUCAGGGACCCUGUGUGUGGGACUGGCACACCGAUUGUUGUCAGUCUGGACCUGUUGCUGCCCCUAGCCUGAACCCUAAUGCUGAGGUAUGGACCAAUCCCAACUUUACCGUGGACGUUCCUGGCCCCGCCUACCUGCAGGCUCCGCAGCCAUGGCUGCAAUUCGCUAACGAUCUGACCAAUCACGAAGGAUACCUGCCAGAGUUGCAGCUGGAGAAAAUGGGCCUGGCCGAGGCUGUGGUGGAGGCAGAUCCCAGCACACUAGAGUACCAGACGCUGACAUCCGAAGCUCCUAUAGUUAAUGGAGAGCCCAGUGAACCACCUGUUACAGAUGAGAUCAGAGAAGAGCUGAGGACAGUUUUGGAGACCUGCCUGACCAGGGAGCACCUUGGCAACGACCUGUACCUCAACUCUCAAAUGGACAGUGACCAGUACGUUUCCAUCGCAACUCUGGCCAGCCUCGACAAGAUCAAGAACCUCAGCACAGACCUGGACCUCAUCUCCGACAUUUUGAAAUCCCUGCCGCUGGUCCAGGUGGCUCCGUGUGGACAGAAGGUCCGGCCCCGUCAGAGUCGAUGUGUUGUCAUCCUGCGUGAGAUCCCCAACAGCACACCUCAGGAGGAGGUGGAAGCUCUCUUUGAGGGCAAGGACCUGCCCAAGUUCCUGAGAUGUGAAUUUGUGAGCAACGAUAACUGGUUCAUCACAUUCAAAUCAGAAUCCGAUGCACAACAGGCUUAUAAGUACCUCAGAGAAGAGGUUCGGGUGUUUAAGGGAAAGCCCAUCAUGGCGAGGAUAAAGGCCAAAACCAUGGCAGUCACUUCCUACGCUCCAAAAAAUGGCUACAGACCCUCGAAGCUGGACCAGUGCAGCAAUCAUUACAGCUCCUACUUCCCCCUAAGCACCUUCCAGCAGCCGUGGCCCACCCACAUGCCAGCACAACAGCUGUAUGAUUUCGCCAAUGAGGUGUGGGCUUCAGCUCCGGCAGGAUACCAAGACUGUGCGGAGCAGCCUUCAACACUGAUGAAUGACUUCAUGAAUGGAUUCUCAGCAGCUUCCAACUUCAAACCUUUUAACUCCCACAAGCCAAGGAGAGGCUCGAGGUGGUCAAACUCUGGAGAGCGUUGGCAGUCCCAUCAGACUGAUUCCUCAUCGGAGCAUGCACCACCGGAGCGCUCCUUUUCUCCGACAAAGCCGGGUCGAGCGCGGUCGCAGGGCAACGUGCGCCGUCAGAGCAGAGGGGGAAGGACGGAGCCCAACAGGAGAGGAAACUUCAGCCAGAGGAGGAGAGAGAACCCGAGGUCAUGGGACAAAUCAGCUGGAAACAAUCCUAAUGCACCAAGUCAGUCGCCUCCUCGUCAGCCGUCGCCUCCUCUGGAGCUCGGGCUGACGAGCUUCCCUCCUCUUCCUCCGGCAAACACUGCCAUAGCAACGGUACCUGCAGCUAACGGCAAUGUCAAGAGUCCAGUCAGAAGCAGCAGCCUCUGUGCAGCAGUGCCAACGAUGUCACAAGAGCCUCCGCCUGUCUCACAGCAGGAAGUGAAGGAGCGUGCAGAGACUACCGGUGAGGCCAAACUGGCUCAGCUUACACAGGAACCAGUCACAGAGUCCAAGAAGCCGAGCUACGCCGAAAUCUGCCAGAAGAGAGCAUCGUCCAAUGAGCCGGUGCGGCCCGCUGACCACGCCCCUCCUGAGGCAGAGCACAUCCUGACCUAUCCGGGCCAAGCGUCCGAACCAGCUCUGAUGCCACGGUGAUCAAACUGAGUGGAGAAAAAGACUGUAAACUUUUUUUUUUUUUUUUGCCAGCUGUUUAAGAACUCUGAUCUGAGUGUAGAGAGUGAUGUGGUUACAUUCACAGUGCAGGAUUAGGAUAUCACAGCCUUUAAAUGAACUACAUUCAUGUCUGGAUCUUAGAACUCAACCCUUCAUUAAUCCUGCUGUAGACUGAAGUGUGUGUCGGGGGUCUGGCUGGAUCAGAACAGGACCGGCUGGUGUGGGUCUGCGGUCUCUAACCGUUCAGGAGGUUAAAUCCCACUUUUUCCGUUUUUAGAGAGGAAGCUGGAAAGAAUCUGUAAAUGUUGAUCUGCAAUUUUAAGUUACGUUUUAUUUCUUGGUUUGUAGUUCAGAUCAGUUUAUUGAGGUUCUCCUGAUUGAUUUGAUUUAGUCUUGAUUUGCUUUGACAGCAUUGGCGCUUCUUUUCCUGCUGUCUGUGUGCAUUUGAUGUUGUUCUCGCUGUACAGGAUGUUCCGCCAUGACCCCCCCCCCAUACAUCUGUGUUAUUCUUUAGCCCGCUGUGGGCAAACACGAUGCUUUUUCUCUAAAUAUUAGUGCUAGUCACCCACUUUGUUUCCAUUUUCAGACGUUGGUGAAGUCCAGGCCUGUAAUGAACCAAGGUCCAGUGUGUUAGUGAGUACUAGGAGGAUUAGAACUCUAUUGAUUUGGUCUCACUAGUCCAGGAAUCCAAUUGGACUUGAAAGUAUGUUCCCCUCAAAAAAAUUUUUUAUUUAUGUCUUAUUUUUUUAAUUUAUGUUAGACAGGGGUGCUUUUGUGUGUAAAAGCUUUAUAGUCUCACCGGCGUUGAGAAAGAAGUGUAGUUGAUGUACGUCAGUGUCAAAACGUCCAGUGUUUGGGACACAUUUCAGGUCGUCCCAUGAAGGGAAACAUGCUUUUGGCUGGUGUCCAUAAACAGCACAACAUGUUUGAGAACUUGAAUUUGAUUGAGUCCAGUGCUCUUUUGUUUAAAAUAUACAGUUUUAAAUGUUGUCAUGGAGAAAGAGCAGACUUGGUUGUGGCACAUGUUACUUUGUACAGAUGUACAUAAUGAACAAAUAUUAAAGAAGUGCCUUUGAAGUUAAAA